AUGGCUAUCAAAGCCGCUCGAGUUGGAUUAAAAUCACUGAUAAAUAUGUGCAACACAACUUUGCGCGAUAAUUCACUUACUUCUUUCUUCAAGAUCGGAUCAUUUAAACCGGCAAAAAUCGAAAAUUUAUUAACAAUGACCCGUUUUUGUCAACGAUCAAAGAAACACUGGACAUUAGAUCCAUCACUAACGUUAACCGUGACCUUCCAACCGAUGGUUAUCAGCAUUUUACAAUCACAAAAUAAUAUUGCCAUCGAGAUGAUUUAA